AAAAAAUGUGCUGUUACACCAACAUAGCUAACGUUGUUAAUUGAUGUCCAGGCAUCUGUUGUAUACAAAACGUUCUGCCAGUAUUUAUUAUUGUUUUGGUAUUAGUGAGACAUUCUUCAUAUAAGGCAGGGAUCAGAGUUUUAGAAAUGAUAUGUCUACUUGGCAGCUCAUAUGAGGGAUUCAAUGCUAAUACGAAUUCUCUGAAUCCAAUAUCAUCUACUACUGAAAAAGGUUGAAGGUCUUUAAUAAAUAAGCCAAGCAAGUUUUUAUCUAAAUUGUCUUUGCUUCUAACAGAUAUUUUUGGAGGUACACGGAAAUAAUUGUCGACCCUGGUUUGAUCUUGAUGUGACUUAUUUGUUCAACUAAAGCCGUUCGACCUUCCACGGAAUUAAGUGAUGAAACUUCUGAAGUAGAUGGACGAUCGUUAUCAAUACUUUCUUUAUUCUAAAAUAAAGCAUAUAGUUAGAAGAAAUCAUGUCCCACCAGAGGCAACAUCAGGAUUUGGAUAUAAAAACACCUGCAGAUCUAGAUAGACUAAUAGUUGAUAUGAACAGAUUGAAGAUAUGCAAAGAACUUAAAAAGCUCAUAGUUUUUUUAUAUGAAAGAAAAAUAUAUGAGCAGGAUGCUAUCUCCAGGGAUUACUUGAAUUUUGGCCUUGCUAGUUACUUUAUUUUAGAUGCUGACAAGUAUGAGCAUCUGUUUAGAAACCUGCAGCUUUUGCCUACUAAGAUUCUUGUUCAGGAAAUUGGUAGUCUUGUUACCUUUAUGCCAGGAUUACAUAAUGAGGUGCUAGAGCUUGUUGAAAUAAAAUAUGAAGCUUUUCCAAAUCGGGCCAGAGAUGUAUCCUUACUAGUGGAUGAAUUAGAAAUAACUCCUGAGGUGAUAGAGUUUGCUGGUAAAUGUUAUGGCAUUGUGGAUGAUGGUGUAACCCGUAAAUACACCCCUGCAAAGUAUGUUACAAAGAUAUGGGUCAAAUCACUUGGUGCUGGUUUCGCCGAUCCAUUGGCCUAUUAUUUUACUGGCCAACUUGCUACAGCAGAGCAACUGAAAAAAUAUAUUUUUGAUUGCAUUACUAAGUUGCAAGCUAUCAACCUAAAUGUAGUUGUCGUGAAUACAAAACUGAGAUCAAACUUUUGGGAACUAUCAGAGUUGUUGGGAAUAGAACCAGACAAACAAUCGUUCAAGGUUGAAAACAAGGAAGUAGUUUUCAUCUUCGAUGCGCCUCACAUGAUGUGCGUGACACGUAAUAUCUUACAGAAGUACUGUUUGAAAAUGGAGGAUGGUGGUACGACCUCCUGGGAACAUAUCAAAACAUUUUUUGUCAAGGAGUCUGAAAGCGGCCAGAAAAAGACGCAACUGACCAAGCAUCACAUCAACCCUGUUAACUAUGACCGUACAAUGUCGGCUAUAGCUAUAGACGUGCUAAGCAAUACUGUAUAUACCGAAAUGAAGGCAUAUGUGGAAUCAGGGAAUUUACCUGAAGAAGCUUUGGCUACCGCACAAUGCAUUAAUUUGUUUGAUAGGUUAUUUGAUAUGUUGAAUUCACGGUAUGAAGAGGCUAUUAAUGAGUACGCCAGUGCUUUCAGAGGAACAAGAUGGCAGAAACAGUACCUAGAUAAAGCAGUCAAAUUCCUUGAAGCCUUGAAAGUCUUCGAUAACCAAGGCAGAGAGAAAACUGGUGAACUAAAAUUUAUCAAAGCUUGGUUGAUCACCAUAAGGGGUACUAAGAAAGUGUGGGAGAUCCUUAAGGCGAAAGAAUACCAAUAUUUGCUUACAAGUGUCUUGAACUCGGAAGAAUUGGACGUGUGCUUCCGUACAUUCAGAGCGAUUGUCAGGGGAAAUAUAACUCCUUUAGAUUUCAUACAUCUUCAUUCAAAAACAGUUCGUAUCCGUUACUUCAUAUCCAGAAUUCUGAUGCACUUAAGAAAUGUGGAUACGCCAGAGUAUGCGCGCUUAGUUUAUAAAAGGAUUCCAGCAGUUCGGCACAAUUUGGACACUCCUACCCAGUCGAUGCAACUAAGUGUGAGGGAAUUUCGAGAAAUAAAAUCCCGUCUUGAAGCGGUAUGUGAUGAGCUUGGCCUUAGCCACAUACCUAUAAGGAUUCCUUGAAUUUUCCUUGUGAAGGAUAUGUGCAUCGUUAUGCAUCAAUUUUUGUGUUGUUCAAAUUUUGUUUGAUUCGGUCAUAUACGAAUUUUGUUUGAAGUAUUAUCAACUUUUUUUUUUCAGUAUUCUAUUACUUUGCGAGUAAUGCUUAUCUUAUAGAACAGAGCUUAGGUAUAAGGAAAACAUAUUUUACGUUAAUAAGCCUUUUGAAGGUGUGUAUUGUUUAUUGUACUUGAUUAAUAAAAACAUUUUCUAUA